CUUUAUUCUUGCAACAUAACCUAUGUUUUUGAAUAAACUGAAACCUCUAAAAUUACGGCAAACAUUCAGUAAAAUGAGCGUAUUCGUUCAAAAGAAGAAUCCGAUAACAGGCACCAGCGAUUGGGUGGUGCAAAAUGAAGAUUACGACUACCACCAGGAAGUGGCGAGGUCCGCGUUCGCGGAUAUGCUGCACGAUACAGAAAGGAAUCAACUAUACGAACAGGCUUUGAAAGCGGCUAUAAGUAAGAAGCAUUCGCUGGGAGAGAAGGCCAAUGUUUUAGAUAUCGGUACUGGCACUGGAUUGCUGUCUAUGAUGGCUGUGAGAAAUGGGGCGGACUCAGUUAUAGCCUGCGAAGCCUUCAAACCGAUGAGCGAGUGCGCUUUGAAUAUUAUCAAACUGAACGGAUUCGAAGGGAAAAUCAAGAUAAUACCAAAGAGAUCCACCGAUGUAAUAGUAGGAGAUACUGGCGAUAUGCCUGAACGUUGCAAUAUAUUAGUAACGGAAGUAUUCGAUACUGAAUUAAUCGGCGAAGGGGCUUUGUCUACAUUCCAACACGCUCACGAUUAUCUUCUAGAAAAAAACUCGAUUGUAGUUCCCGAUAAUGCGACGAUAUUCGCACAAGUCGUCGAAUGCUCUUUGGUACAAAAUUGGAAUAAACUCGAUAAUAUACACAGCAGCAAUGGAAAACUGUUAUUAACUGUUCCUGAAUCAGUUCGAAAAUGUCCAGGAUCUGCGGCUGUACAUGAUAUUCAAUUGAGCGAACUGCCGAACGAUUCGUUUAAAACGAUUAUUUCUCCUGUUCCAGUACUAAAGUUCGAUUGGUCAGGAAAAACACGUUUAAACUUCGAACGAACCGUUUCAAACACUUCGAUAGCCGAGCGAGAUGGAAAAGCCCAAGCCGUCUUCAUGUGGUGGGAGCUACAAAUGGAUACGGAGAGUAAAAUAAUAUUAAGUUGCGCCCCAAUUUGGGCGCACCCCUGGCGAAAGUGCAAAGGGGACGUGGAGAUACCGUGGAGGGAUCACUGGAUGCAGGCUGUAUAUUAUUUACCCAACGAAAUGGACGUAAAAAAGGGCCAGGAAGUGCAUUUAAUAAGCUCCCACGAUGAAUAUUCUUUGUGGUUUAAUUUAUCCCCUGCUAAAAGUAUUGGGGAUGCGGAUCGCACGAGUCCUGUGUGCGAUUGCGGAUUGCACGUGAACUUUUCUCGUACCAGAAUCGGACAGAUGAAUGACCUUAGGAGGAUUGAAAAAUAUUUGAGCCUCUUUGAGGAAACGUUGAACAAAGAUAGCUGUGUUUUGGUUCUAGGGGAUGGAUUUUACGUGGCGGCUGCAGCUGCUAAACUAGGAGUUAAAAAAAUGUAUUUCCUGGAAACAAACACUUUAUCGAGAUUCAUUUUGUUGGAGUAUAUCAAACACAAUAACAUUACGAACAUUGAAAUUGUACCGGAUUUGAGCAAGUUGAAAGAAAUAGAUUGGAAAGAUAUAAAUUGUGUAAUAGGUGAACCCUACUUCACGAGCAGUAUUAUCCCAUGGGAUAAUUUAUUAUAUUUCUACCUAUUAAAAGGGAUUAAAAAAUUCGUUUCGAAUGACAUACAAAUCUUUCCUCGAAAAGUCGUCGUCAGAGCUGUUGCAAUGCAUUUUAAGGAUCUGUACAAAAUUCGCUCGCCCUUGGGCAAUUGCGAAGGAUUUUUAAUGAAGAACUUUGACAAAUUAAUCGAGAAUUCGAGAACCUUCUGCGACGACAGCGUGGAAGCUCAACCUUUAUGGGAAUAUCCUGGAUUCGCCCUAAGCGAAAUACACGAUCUUUCAGAAAUCGAUUUCGUUAAUUCCACAGGAAAUUCCAUCGAAAAGAAAGGCACUUUUACAAUACAAAGCAAUUUAAACUGCAACGGUGUAGCUCUAUGGACCGAUUGGUAUUUAACGGAUUCCAAUCGAUUGACGAUAACCACCGGGCCGGUUUCCCCGAUAAAAAUCGGCCAGAAAAUCGACUGGGACAUGUACACUAGACAAGGAGUUUACCUGUUUGCAGAAAAAUCCAGCUCCAACGAAAUAAAUUAUUCGUUUAAUUUAGAUCUCGAUAAAGGAAAUGUAAUAACCAUGUCGGUGGCCGUCUUCGAGAAGCCCCUCACGCGCAUCAGCCUGCCCGAUUGGUACGCCAACAACUGGAACAACCAGCAAACGAACGAGCGGCGGCGAUGCGACGCCUUCGACUUGCGGCACGAGAGCCGCCAAAUGCGAAACGAGACCGCCGUCCGGUCCGAUUGGGACACCUACCACAACAACGUCAGAUUGGCCGAUAGAAUCACCGAGCUCGAUAGAUGGAGAGACACGCUCAAGAGUUGCCUGGACUACGUGAAGAACGAAAUAAAGUUCCUGCGGCACGAGAAAUUCGAAACCGAGAGGGAAAUCGACGCCUUGCACAUACCCAUUAUAGCCGAAUGCAUUUCCUUGAGGGACGGCCGGCACGGCAAAGAGCUCACCUACGACGAGGGCGACGCCGAAUUGAAACGGGAAUUGUGCUUGGCCGAGCACGUGAAGUGCAUACUGAAGGAGAGGUGCCAGAACACGUGGGAGAAGCUGAACCGAUUGGAAGAGGUCAAGUUCCGUUUGACCUUCGAUUUGGACGAUAAAACCGAGGCCUACGAUAUCGACAAGUGCCAAUUGAAGAAGGACAAAACUUACGCCAGCAUCACCUUCAAAAUCGACCCUCUGCGCAUACCGAAAGGGUCCUUGCCGUACGAAGGAUGGCUGGCCCACAGCCGGAACACCAAGCAAAUGGCCGACAACGAGCUGAGCGACACGCUGAAGUUCAGGGAGGCGCUCUUCGUGAGCCGCACGAGGGCCCAAAACGACAUGCUGGCCCAACGGGAGUACGUGGACUUCAUCGUCAGGAAGCGCGUCUACGAGACGCAGAAGGCGCGCAACGAGAUGGAGUGGCAGUCGAAGAAGAUCAAGGAGGAGAUGGAGAAGCUGCAGAUGGAGCUGAAGACGCUGCGGGAGUUUUUGAAAACCAACGCGGACGCCCUGAAAUUGGCCGAAUCCAGGCUGGAGUGUCGCUCUUAUAGACCGGGGGCCGAGCUGUGCAGGGACGACGCCGACAAGGGCCUGAAGGAGGAGGUGCUGGAGCUGCGGAAGACGCGCAAGCUGGCCCAGGACAAGGUGAACUGCUGCAAAACCACCUACAACGCCUUGGAGGACCAGCAAGUGAUCAUCGAUAGAGACGUGGCCGAUAAAGAUCACGCUCUAAUGACCGAUCUUCGAGUGCUGGACCUUAGAGCCAGGAUGAGAGGCGGAGAGCCAGCCACUCAAACCGAUAGGAACAUCGAAUUGACGAACAUGGAAAAGGAGAUAGCGAGAACUUGAUGAAUGUUCGAUUGGUUCCGUAAAUUAUUGUGUGUAUGUGUAUGUAAUAUAUGUAAUUUUUUAACAUGAA